UUUGAAUCUGAACUAUGGAGUCAGCUAAGAAACCAACAAAGAGUGCAGAUAGGAGCAGAACCUAUUUACGCCAUAAGGCCACCAUUCUUGAAACAGAAGAUGACAUUUUCUGCGUGAAGUACUCCCCUGACGGAGAGUACAUAGCCUUUGCUUGAGGGGAUGGAUACGUCCGGAUCCUGAGCAGGAGAACCACCAAAGUUAAGGAACUUAUAGCUGACCCUAAGAAAGAUCCGUUUAAUCAGAUGCCGAUUACAUGAAUCAGGUGGAGAGAAGAUAGCAAAAUAUUGACAACUUCUUCAGCAGAUGGAUUUAUCUAUUUUUGGCAUGUAAAGUCAGGGAAACUCCUCUUCAAAAUCGCUGAAGAGGAGAACCAGACUUAUUGCCUUGAUUAUGACCGCAGCUUUGAGUACCUUGCCACUGCGGGCAAGGAUCACAAAGUAAGGCUCUAUGAUAAUGAGUCAUUAUCCCUCUUGUCAACGAUGGAGCGAGGAGGUUCGAAAUAUUCUGGACACUCUAACAGAAUAUUUGCACUGAAAUUUCAUCAAAUUAACAGCAACUUGCUUCUGUCAGGCGGUUGGGAUAAUGUAGUUUAUGGCUGGGAUAUUAGACAAAACACACCUUCCCAUCAUAUCUCAGGCCCCAACAUCUCCGGUGAAUCCAUUGACGUGAUUGGCAACAAUCUACUUGCAGGAAGUUUUACAGAUACAAGUAAUCUGUGAAUUUACGACCUGCGGAAACUUAAGGAUCCGUUGAACCUUUCAUGGUUCUGAGAAAAUGAAAAAGUUCCAGAAGGAAUUGUCCCAUCUUGUGUGUAUACAGCAAUGUUCCUAAAAUCUGACCCUGAAUAUAUUCUAGCAGGAGGGGCUAACAAGAAUGAACUGAGGCUUUUCCGUUCUGAGAAGCCAAUCUCUAAGAUCACUAUGCUCGAGACCCCAUGAUUAAGUGUUGAUUGCCAUCCUGAGGGAGAUGAGUUCUCCUUUGGAUGCUCUGAUGGCGGCUUACACAUUAUUGGCCUCAACACUAAAUAAUUUUGCAUAUGUAAUUAAUUUCUAAGUUAGCACG